AUGCUACGGGCGCUGGAGGUGUCCGUCCACGCCAGGACAAGCAGCUCUGGCACGUCCCUACCGCUGCCCUCGGCUGAUGGUGGCCGAGCGUGGAGGGGGGGCACCUCCUUGGGAAGCCCCUGCGUGUCCCGUGCCAUCGCGUGUCCAAGCGGUGACGUGAUUGAAGUGUAUUAUGGAGACAAUCGCUUUGGGACGAUGACCGACUCUGGCACAGCAACGCUUAAACCUCGGCCGAGAGUCCGGCCGCUGCUGACUUUCUUACCCCUUAAUGCCCAAGAAUCACACGGGGUGGCUGUGCCAACGCCGUCGGUGCCAGAAGACUUUGAGGAAAAAGCAGCUCUUGGCUCUGGCUCCCAGAUCAAUGGGAACCACCGCAUGUACAGCUCGGUGGGGGACCUGCGCCCCCAGGGUCUUGAGGGGGAAGACCUGGAUGAAGACAUCCCCCCACCGCCAUCGGUACCCCCCCCAAGGCCCGCGCCAAGGGCUGCCGCGGGAGAAGCCGAGCAAAGAAAUUCCCCGCUGAGACAGGCUGUCACGAAGCCGGCUGUGCCGACCCCUCCGCCGCUGAGCCCCAAGCCAGGUCUAGGAUUUGGCCAAGGGACAAAUCCUGCCGGUCGCCGGUCCCCGCUGCCAGCCUCUGAGCCAGAGAAGGUUCCCCCACCGAAACCAGCGCAGGGACACUCUCCUCCAAAAUCUGAAUCUCUCUCUGCGAAUGACCUGGACCUGCCCCCUCCAGACUACCCGACCUGUGAGGAUGACUGGAGGGACGCCAGCAACCUGAGCAGGCUGCGGCAUGAGCUCUCGGCCCUGCUGCGCUCCCCGCGGAGGGAGGAGAAGCUGCUGGAGAAGCCGUCAGCUCCCCGGUCUAAGGACCAUGGCACCGAUCGCGCUGGCAGCCAUGAGCCCAGUCUCAAUGGGCCCCAGCUCGCUGGAGCUGCUGGGAAGGACACAAAGUUACCCCCAGGAGGGGAGAGCAAGAAGAAGGAGGUGCCCAGCGGACCCCCCAGUGCCAAGGGGACUUCUCCCAGCACAGAGCUUCCCGCUCAGGAGAGCAACCCUGCCCCGCAGACCCGCAGCGUGAUGAAAAUCAAGAGCGAGCUGGAGGCUGUCCUGUCCCUGAAGAAGGAAGGGAAACCCACCGCGGGGCUCGGCAGCCAGCACCAGGGUACUGAGGGUGGUGGCAGCACCCCACUUGUGAGGAAGAGCCCCCCUGACGUGAGGAAGAGCCCUGCUGACCCGGCUGACUCGGCGCUGCCAAAACCGGCCCCAAGCCCUCUCCCAGCACCGGUGGACAAGGAUGAGAUGGACCAUGAGGACCAAACCACUCCUGCUGCUAGCAAGGCCACGGAGAGCUUGACCCCUGCUCCUGGGUCCCUCGACAGCAGCGUCAGCCCCUCAGACCCACCUCAGGGACCAGCGGAGGAGCCCCCUGCUCCCACCUCCCCCUCGCCCCCCACUUCUCCCCACAAGACCCGUUUCACUUUUCCGUACACCAUCAGGGAUCCUGAACAGGGAUAA